UCUCCGAAAUUGAAUAGCUUAGCUAUCGAAGUUGUUGUAUGCGCGAGCCUUGAGUUUAAUUCAAUUUACUUGGGACUGUUUUAAAACAAUUUGUUCUCAGUUUUAAUCGACAUUUGUUAGAGUAUAGAACAACACUGUUCGCGAACAUUAUUUAUAGUAAACAGUUGAGUUGUUCGGAGUUCGUUGACAAAUUCGACGAGCUCAACUUUUCGCUGAUAGCAAAAUAAUCUGUUAUCAUUUCGAAUGACCCCACGGGUGAUUCAUCACAUUUCAAUAUAACAUUCGCAUUGUUUUCGGUCCAAUUAAUUCAAAAUCACAGUAUAAUGUUGUUCAUCGUUGUGACAAUAUGGUUGAUAUUUUUCGCCUAUUUCAUCGACUUUCGGAAAUGUUAUCUUGCGUUGAAAAUGCCUGGCCCGAUGCCCCUACCACUCAUCGGAAACGGUUUGAUGUUUUUGAAUAACACUGCAGCGGAAAAUUUCGAAUUGGUCGGACGUCUCAAACGUACUUAUGGUGGUAUUGUUGGGGUUUGGCUGGCAGCCGAUUUUCAUGCGUUAUUGUCUGAUGCAUCUGUGGUCGAAACCAUCUUAAGUAGUCCAAAACACAUCGAAAAGUCCGGCGAAUAUAAUUAUGUAAAACCAUGGCUCAACGAUGGAUUACUGCUAAGCAAAGGCUCCAAAUGGUUUCAGCGCCGGAAAAUUCUGACUCCGGCAUUCCAUUUUAAAAUCUUGGAACAAUUUGUGGAAAUAUUCGAUGCUCAGAGUCGUAUUUUGGUAGAGACCCUAGCAAAAUAUGAUCAGAAAACUGAGGUGGAAAUGUUUCCUUUGGUUACAUUGUGUGCAUUGGAUGUCAUUUGUGAGUCCGCAAUGGGCACGCAAAUAAACGCACAGCAAAACUCCAAUUCGGAUUAUGUUUUAGCAGUUAAGAAAAUAGCACACAUCAUUCAUAUGCGAAUGUUUAGCGUCCUCUUACGUGAAAACUUCCUGUUUCGAUUUAGUCGUUUGUACAGUGAAGAAAAGCGAGCCUUGAAGACUCUACACGAUUUUACCGACAAAGUUAUUAAUGAAAGAAGAAAUGCAAUUCUAACAAAUAACUCAGAGCACAAUGACAAAAAGAGCGACAGUGUCGACGAGUCCAUCGGUAUGAAGAGGAAAAUGGCUUUCUUAGAUAUUCUGCUGCAAUCAACCGUAAACGGUAAGCCUUUGAGCAAUUCGGACAUUCGAGAAGAGGUGGAUACGUUCAUGUUUGAGGGUCACGACACAACAACGUCAGGAAUAACAUUUUGUCUAUACUGCAUUGCACAAUAUCCAGAAGUGCAACAGAAAUGUUUCCAAGAAAUCAGAGAUGUUAUAGGAGACGAUGUAACGAAACCAGUAACUUUGAACGAUUUGAAUAAUUUGAACUACUUUGAUUUGGUGAUCAAAGAGACACUGCGAAUUUUCCCUUCUGUGCCACUUAUUGGCAGAGAACUUCAGGAAGAAGUUGUUAUAGGCAAGUACACCUUACCGAAGGGUACGAACGUUGUCAUUCCAAUUUAUUAUAUGGGACAUGAUCCGAAUAUAUUCGUGAAUCCCGAAGUGUUCACACCGGAACGGUUUCUAGUGGAGAGGAAUACAGAAAAGAAUAAUCCUUUCUCUUACAUACCAUUCUCAGCUGGCCCAAGAAACUGUAUUGGACAAAAGUUUGCUGUGUUGGAAAUAAAGAGUUUGGUAUCGAAGGUUCUGAGAUAUUUUGAAAUUUCAUUGGCCGAAAACAGUAAGGAAUAUCCAACUUUAUUAGCCGAGCUAAUUUUGAUUCCAGAAAGUAAAAUUAAUUUUCACGUUAAGCCGAGGAUGUAUUCUUAAGGGAUAGAGGUUGAGGUUAGUAUAAGAAUUUGUUAGAAAGAAAACUGAAAUUUUCGAAAUUUUGUAUAUAUUUGUGUGGAGUCUUCAAUAAAUCGAGUGCUAAACAACUCUG